AUGCUCCCAAUAGCCAUAGUUACAUUUUGCUACUUGAGGAUAUGGAUCCUGGUCAUUCAGGUACGGAGGAGAGUUAAACCCGACAACAAACCCAAACUAAAGCCACAUGACUUUAGGAACUUUGUCACCAUGUUUGUGGUGUUUGUACUCUUUGCCGUCUGCUGGGCUCCUUUGAAUUUUAUAGGCCUUGCAGUGGCUGUCAACCCAGAAACAAUAAUUCCCCGAAUUCCAGAGUGGUUGUUUGUUUCCAGUUACUACAUGGCAUACUUCAACAGCUGCCUUAAUGCUAUCAUCUAUGGACUUUUGAACCAGAAUUUUAGACGAGAAUACAAACGAAUUAUUGUGACAAUUUGUACAGCAAGAGUUUUCUUCCAGGACAGCUCAAAUGAUGCAGUCGACAGGAUGAAAAGCAAGCCCUCGCCACUGAUCACAAACAACAAUUUAGUCAAGGUUGACUCGGUGUGA